AUGCAGAACGCUACGCUGUACUACUGCGAAUCGUCGCUGUUCAACAGCACCAACUGCCCAGGCGUGUUCGAGGCCGGAUUCGACGGGCGACGCAACCGGUGCUUGACGACCAACCAGGUGGACAUCCCGGUGAUCGCACUCAACUACUCGCAGACGAACAACGGCGGGCAGGGGAUGGCUUGCACGAAUCCCGCCAGCAGCUCGGCGGGUGGCAAGGUGAAAGUUGCCCGAGGUCUCUUGUUGAUCACGCUGCUCACUUGCCUCGUCUCGGCUGUCUUUGGUCAGCCGAUGGUGUACGCCUCCUCGGCCCAGCUUGAUGGCCACGAAGCCUCAACGUCGUACGAUCUCAGAGUCGAGGAGAAACGCGAUGUGACGUGCAAGAGCUUCCUACCGACCGACCGAGGCAAUGUCACUACAUCCCGACUCGCGAAAACCUCGGCUGAGGUGGAUUGCAGGCAAUCCGGUGGCCCGUGCACCGUAUCUAUUGGCGAGGGCAAGAAGCUCACCUUCUCGACCGAGUACUUUAUCGACGGAGGUGGCUCCGUGAAGGACUUGGAUCUACAGGCCACUUUUGGUUCGAGUGCCUACACCCAAUCGUACUCGUCCAAGGUGAUCUACACCAGCUGGAUCCCGGUGGGACAGUGUGGAUAUCUGACGAGCUACAGCGAUGCCACUUUGUUCGAAGGGUACUACAGGGAUUGCAGCGAUGGAGGCAACCGGACCGGGUCGGCGGUGGUGGUGCGCAAAGGCUCUCCACUGAGCUCGUUGGUCCUCACGAGUUGCUGA